AUGGGCCAAGCAGAAUCGGACUUUAAGGCUUUGGGCAAUGCUUUUGAGGAUGCCGGACGAGCAAUUCAACAGGGUGUCCAAGAAGCUGGUAAUGUCAUCGCUGAUGGUGUAUGUGAAAAUAUCGGUAAACCAUUGGAAGCUGCGGGCAAUGCCGUUGGAGACACAUUUCAAAAUGCGGGUGAUUUCAUACCAAAGAUACUACCCAUAUUUUUUCCUCCACCAUAUGCUUAUCAAACUUAUGAAAAUCAAGAAGAAUUGGACCGAUUGAAGCAAGAACACGAUGUUAUUAUUCAACAACAUGAAGAAUUGUUACAAAAAAUGGAAGAAGAGAAGUUGAAUACAUUUGAGCAAGUGGCGACCUAUGAGAAGAUAGGUGUUGAACGAUUUCAACAGUUGGCAGCUACUGUACAGCCACUCAAAAUGGAACGAGACAAAAAUCUUGCGUUAUUUGGUAUCACAUCCACUGGAAAGAGUACGAUGAUUAAUUCCUUAUUGGGACAGAAGUUAGCCGAAACGGGAUAUGGUGAGAUCACAAAAGUCAUUCAACCGUAUGAUGGUCAAAGUUAUCGUCUGUAUGAUGUACCGGGAAAAAAUGAUGAUGUUUCCUAUUUCACUGUGAACUACAUCAGUUUUUGGAAGGGGUUAUCGUACCGGCUUAUUAUUAUUAAUCAUACUGUUAAAGAAAUGACAAAAGUGAUCAAACUAUUGGAUGCCAUACAACUUCAAUACGAUUUGAUUGUGAAUAAAUUUGAUCAAGUACCACCGGAAGAGCGUGAUCAAUUUAAACAACAAAUUCGUGACGAAUGUCAAGAAUGUCAAUUACAAGGUGUUAACCACUUGUGGUUUGUGAAUGCUCAACGACCACAACAGUUUCAAACAGAUUGGAUCGAAAUGGUGAAUUAUCUAACAAACUAG